UUUCCAUCACCCCCUUCCUCUUCCCUCUUUCUCAGAUGUCAAGUUCCCCCCAAAAAAAACACUACUUCUUCUACGGCCAUCGCCGACCCUCCCAAAACCGUCCGAUCGUCCAUGGCGGCCUCUUCACCAAUCGCAAAGCCCUCCCAUCCAAUCCUCACCGUCCAUCUCCUCCCCCAAUCUCCACCGUCGAUUUCCGCCAUUGGGACUCAUCCUCCUCCUCCCUUCAAUAUCCACCGUCCAUUCCCUCCCCUUCCACUCCCUUCCCUUCUCGCCGCCUCUCCCCUCUCGCCCGCUUCAUCUCCGACCUCCUUCGCCGCCACCGCCACUGGUCCCCGGCCCUCCUCUCCGAGCUCUCCAAGCUCCGCCGCGUCUCCCCCGACCUCGUCGCCGAGGUUCUCCGCUCCGAUCUCAAUCCCAAUCCCUCCCUCUCCACCCGCUUCUUCCACUGGGCCUCUCGCCAGAAGGGCUUCCACCACUCCUACUCCUCCUUCAACGCCUUUGCCCAUUCGCUUUACCGCUCCGGCCAUCCCCGCGCCGCCGAUCGCGUCCCUGAUCUCAUGCUCGCCCUCGGCAAACCGCCCUCCGAGACCCAGCUUGAACUUCUUGUUCGUCUCCACUCCCAAUCCCGCCGCGGCCUCCGCCUCUUCCACGUCUACAAGCGCAUGACCUCCAUCUUCAAUAUCAAGCCCCGGGUCUUCCUCUACAACCGCAUCCUCGACUCCCUCAUCCGCACCAACCACCUCGAUCUCGCCCUUUCCGUUUACGAUGACAUGAUCCGCAACGACGUUAAGGAAGAGCCCAUUACCUUCACCAUCCUCGCUAAAGGGCUCUGCAAGGCUGGCCGGAUCGAUGCUGCUUUGGAUCUCUUGGAGAAGAUGAGGCGAGACGUGUGCAAGCCUGACGUCUUCGCUUAUACGGCCAUGGUCAAGGUCUUGGCGGCGGAGGGGAACGUGGAUGGAUGCUUGGAGGUUUGGAACCAGAUGAAGAUGGAUGGCGUGCAGCCGGAUGUGAUGGCCUAUGCUACAUUGAUCUCCGGGCUCUGCAAGGUCGGGAGGGUGGAAAAGGGGAUGGAGUUGUUCCGAGACAUGAAGAGCAAGGGCUUGUUGAUUGAUCGAGCUGUGUAUGGAGCUCUCAUUGAGGGGUUUGUGGCUGAAGGGAAGGUUGGCAAUGGCUGCGAGCUUUUCAAGGAGAUGAUUGAUGAUGGCUACCGAGCUGAUCUAAUGCACUACAACUGUUUGAUCAAUGGUCUCUGUGAGGUUGGUAAGGGUGAUAAAGCUUAUAAGCUCUUUCAGUUUGCGAUGCAGGAGGAGCUUGUGCCAAGCUUUGAGACUAUGACUCCAUUGCUCGCUUGCUAUGUGGAUGCAGAUGAGAGGGAUAGGUUUUUUCAGUUGGUCGAUAGCAUCAGUGAGCUUGGUUUGUCGGUAAUGGAUCAUUUGAGCCAUUUCUUCAGGUUCUUUGUAGGGAAGGGAGGGAGGGAGUUGAAGGCAUUGCAGGCGUUUGAGUUGUUGAAGCAGAGAAGUUAUACUAGUGUUGAGAUGUACAACAUUCUUAUCCAAUCUCUCUAUAAGAUCAAGGAUUAUAAGUGGGCAUUGUCCCUUUUUGAGGAGAUGAAGGGAUCAAAGGAAUUUCAGCCUGAUUCUGCUACUUAUGAUAUUAUGAUUCAGUGUUUUGUGGAUGAUGGAGAUGUUCGAGAGGGAGCAUGUUCUUGUUAUAAUAAGAUGACGGAGAUGUCCUCAACACCGAGUGUUGCUGCUUAUGUGUGUCUGGUGAAGGGGCUUUGCAAGAUUUGGGAGAUUAAUGCUGCAAUUACAGUUGUUAAGGAUUGCUUGGGCAAUGUUGAAAAUGGGCCAUUGGAAUUCAAGUGCACUUUGACAGUUAUCAAUGCUUGUCGAACUGGGGAUCCACAGAAGGUGAUAGAAAUCUUGGAUGAGAUGAUCGGAGAAGGUGUUUUGUUGGAGGAAAUUAUAUAUUGUGCGAUCAUCCAUGGGUUCUGUAAGCAUGCAAGCACAGCAGAAGCUAAAAAAGUCUUUGAAGUUCUGAGAGAUCGCAAUCUUCUCACAGAGGCUAAUUUCAUUGUGUAUGAGGAGUUAUUGGAUGAACAUUUGAAGAAAGUGACUGCAGGAUUGAUUAUGUCUGGAUUGAAGUUUUUCGGUUUGGAGUCCAAAUUGAAAUUGACAAGCGGUUCAGAUUGACAAUGCUGAAGAAGGUUUACAAACCCAUCAAUUUUGAGUUGGUUUUAAAGCUUCCUGUGUUUUUUAGGGUGAUUUGAAUGUGUGGAACUGCAAACCCCACCACAAAGACCUUCCCUUCAUCAGCAAUCUGCUCUCGUCCUCUUCUCUGCCUUCUUAGUCAAGAACAGGCAUAGCGCCAGGAUGAUACAUCAGGCACCUACUUUGGAUAGCUAAAUGAAGUGAUGGUGUUUGCCUUUCAUAAACCUCUACGCUUUGAAAUUUUUUGGUUUUGAGUCCAACUCGAAAUCACAAGCAAUUCAAAUUGACUGCCUUUGUUCCAUCAUGGUUCAUCUCAAUCAAUGCUGAGGGCCAGCUUAACUAUCUCCUUGGUGUCCACAAUGAUGAGCAGACCAUGGCAACCUCAGUUGAAGAUGAGGAGGCUGUGCCCAAUUAGUGCCUAUUCUAUAUUGAGGAAUUGAAGCAGUUUUGGAGGCUAUGGUUUGAUUGCAAAGUAUUCAAUUGCGAGAGCAGCAGGUAGGUUUUAUGGGGCAAAGAGAAUGUGGACUGACCCUGAUGAGGAUGUGGGAGCUGACAGAACAUAUGUUUGGAAGCAAGCCAAGGAGUUUGUUCUGGAUAACAGUGACAUUGGUGAUGAUUGGCCACUCUGUUGUCACUCUACCAGUUUAGUGCUUGGAGUGGAGUUGCCAAGAUACAAAGCAUGCCUCAUGCAUGUGUAAAGUUGCCACCUUGAAAGGUCACGCAGAGCUUGCCACUGAUGUGGCAUUCUCUCCCAUGGGUAACAGUUCAGCGACCACAUUGGCUGAUGGGACUGCAAAACUACAGAAUGCUGUGGAUCCCUUUUGACAUCCUUAAAUGCUCACCUGGAUCUUCUUGCAUGUUGUGUUUCAUCCAUCUGGAAAAUAUUUGGGAACUGCUAGUUUUGACAGGACUUGGAAACUAGGAUAUUAAUACUGGCCCUGAAUUUCUACUUUAUCCAUAACAGAAGUGUUUAUGGGAUCAGUUUCCACGAUGAUGGAUCUUUAGCUACAUCAUGUGGUCUUUUUCGAGCUGGAAUGAGCAUUCUUACGUUUGAAGGUCAUGUUAAAACUGUAAUCAAUAUCAGCUUUUCUCCUGAUGGCUAAACAUUUACCACUGGCACCGCAGAUAACAUAUGCCGAGCCUGUUAUACCAACACAUUGUCCUUUUAUUCACAAGUGAAGUUUGAACCCAGGAAGGAUUUGGUCUUUGCAUGAUGUGAAAGCCUUUCAAUACUUUGGCUGGUCACAAGGCAAAAGUCACAGGCUGGGCAUUUCUCUAGGUAGGAGAACACUAGCAAUCUUUUUGAUAUCUCUUAAAUUACAAUACAUUGAAAAUAUGUGUGAAUGCCAUGCUAUUCAACCGGUAUGCAUUAUUCUCUCUUUUUUUAAAAAAAUCUAAAACGUCUCCAAAAGAAAAAAAUAUCAGUUUCGAAGGAGUUCUCAGAACUUUAAAAGUGUAAUCUAUUCAACCUAUAUACAAUAUAUUGAUUGAGCUACCUUCAAUUUGUUGACGGAAUCAUUUAGAGCGUGAAUGG